AUGCGAAGGCCUUUGACGCAGUUGGCAAAGGGCUUCAUCACAAAAAAAACAAUAGCUCCCUCAGGAACGACUUCGAGAAGACGCUCAAAGGCGUUCAUCUGACAAUUGAAGUCGCGUUCAGAAAGUUCCGGCACAAUUGCCAUCUUAGAUAGAAAUGAAAGUCAUCAUGAAGAAUUCUCCUCAUAAAACGAUCGGAAAUUCCAAGGGCAGGCACAUAAUAAUCAUAAAAUUUGCCUGUUUGCGCGCAGAACGCCGUGUUGAUCGCAACAUUGAAGCUCUUCUGCCUGCCACGUAGUGAACCACCUAACAAUUGAUUUCCAAUCCGGGAGAGGGGCUAACGAGGCUAAAUUACAGCGAUUCCGAAGGGCGCGCUGGGUUGCGAUCACAGAACAUCCGCUCAAAAAGUAGGCCUAAAUAGCUAAAGCACGCUCCUCACUGAUCCAACGCAUGAUGGUGACUGAACUGUGUAGAGACAAAAGCUCUCGAACGAGACCACUAGUGCUUCGUUCAUCGACCGGUUGAAUGGCGCGUAUUUUAAAAAAGGAAGUUCAGCUGCCGCGCCCUGUAGUGAAAAGAUCAUGCACACGGUGCGUACGAUUAGCUUAAAUUUUCCGAAAAUUUGUCAUAUUGUUCAUAUUUUAUGCCUGA